UUCCAGAAGCUUCGAUGUAAAGCAGCCCAAGGAGUCUUGGAUUAGUCACACUUUUCCUCUAAGACCAUGGGCAAAAGUUGGGACUGAUAUUUUUCAUUUUCAAGAUUAUGAGUACCUGAUGACUGUGAACUAUUAUAGUUCUUUUGUGGAAGUCAAUCGCCUGGAAAAGGCCACUUCAAAAGAAGUCAUCAAAUGUUUGAAGAGACACUUCUCACGGUAUGGCAUCUCUGACACAGUUGUCAGCGACAAUGGACCGCAAUAUUCGUCUCAGGAAUUCGCUGAGUUUUUCAGGAAUUGGUCGUUUUAACAUACCGUCACAAGCCCAUACUAUUCCCAAUUCAAUGGCAAGGUGGAAGGAUCGAUCAAGACAGUCAAAAGAAUGAUGAAGAAAGCCGCUGCAACAGGCAGUGAUCCGUGGUUAUGUCUAUUGGAUUAUAGAAAUACUCCAACUGAAGGUUUACAAUCAAGCCCUGUGCAGAGACUAAUGGGAAGACGAACGAAAACGAGAUUACCAACCACAACAAGUUUGUUGAGACCUGGAAUUCAUGAUGAAUCGGAAGCUAUUAGACGACAAAAGCUAAAACAAGCACAUUACUAUAACCAGGGGAGCAAGGAUUUGCAGCAAUUGAAGCUGACACAGAUAGUGAGAAUACAACCAUCUGGACAACACAAGACAUGGAGAAAAGGAAUGGUGACUAAGCAAGUGGGAAUAAGAUCGUACGAAGUUGAAACAGAGGGUGGAACUUAUUUACGACGAAAUAGAAGACAACUACGAGCUACAACAGAAGAUCACAACACCAGUACAGCUGAUCCACCAGUAACACGAAAACAAUCAGAUGCAGUGACCAAAUGUAUUCCAACUACCGAGUCUAUCAUUGCACAACCAAGACCACAAUUACAGCAGAAGCCUACCACCACCAGGAGCGGAAGAACUACCAGACCUCCUAAGUAUUUGAAGGAUUAUGUAACAAAGUAACAAUAUACUUUGGUUCACUUGUUUUUAGUUUUUUUAAAGAAAGAAGGAUGUAUGGUAAUUAGUAGAGUUAUUGAUAUUGAUCACUGACUGUAGAGUAGAGUGUGUGAACACAACGUGAGUAGUAGUGCUGUACACUAGAGUAAGGUGUAUACCAAGAGAGUAACACAUAUAC